GCGCGGGCAGCAGCUUGCAGUGCAGAGCAGAGGAUGGGACGAGCCUGAGUCUUCUGAGCAGCUCAGCCGCCUCCUCUGCGCUCGCCUCUGAGCUUCGCAUUCGCCUCCCGUCUUGCCCUCCCGGCCCAGAACAUCUUCAGCCAUGGCCACCUCAGCAAGCUCCCACCUGAACAAAGGCAUCAAGCAGAUGUACAUGGGCCUGCCUCAGGGUGAGAAGGUACAAGCAAUGUACAUCUGGAUUGAUGGGACUGGGGAAGGCCUUCGCUGCAAGACUCGAACCCUGGACUGUGAGCCCAAGUCCAUCGAAGAAUUGCCCGAGUGGAAUUUUGAUGGCUCUAGUACUUUUCAGUCUGAAGGUUCCAACAGCGACAUGUAUCUUGUCCCUGCUGCCAUGUUUCGGGACCCUUUCCGCAAGGACCCCAACAAACUGGUGUUCUGUGAAGUCUUUAAGUACAACCGGAAGCCCGCAGAGACCAAUUUGAGGCACACCUGUAAGCGGAUAAUGGACAUGGUGAGCAACCAGCACCCCUGGUUUGGGAUGGAGCAGGAAUAUACGCUGAUGGGCACAGACGGGCACCCUUUUGGCUGGCCUUCCAAUGGCUUCCCUGGGCCCCAAGGUCCUUACUACUGUGGUGUGGGGUCGGACAAAGCCUAUGGCAGAGACAUUGUGGAGGCCCAUUACCGGGCCUGCUUGUAUGCUGGCAUCAAGAUUGCGGGGACGAAUGCUGAGGUCAUGCCUGCCCAGUGGGAAUUCCAGGUAGGACCCUGUGAAGGAAUCGACAUGGGCGAUCACCUCUGGGUGGCCAGAUUCAUCUUGCACCGCGUCUGUGAAGACUUUGGUGUGAUAGCGACCUUCGACCCGAAACCCAUUCCUGGCAACUGGAAUGGUGCUGGCUGCCACACCAACUUCAGCACCAAGGCCAUGCGGGAGGAUAAUGGGCUGAAACAUAUCGAGGAGGCCAUCGAGAGACUAAGCAAGCGGCACCAAUACCACAUCCGGGCCUAUGACCCCAAGGGGGGCCUGGACAAUGCUCGGCGCCUGACGGGCUUCCAUGAAACCUCCAACAUCAACGACUUCUCUGCUGGAGUGGCCAACCGUGGCGCCAGCAUCCGCAUCCCCCGGACUGUGGGCCAGGAGAAGAAGGGCUACUUCGAGGACCGCCGCCCCUCUGCCAACUGCGACCCUUUUGCGGUGACGGAAGCCCUCAUACGCACGUGUCUCCUCAAUGAGACCGGAGACGAGCCCUUCCAGUACAAAAACUAAGCGGACUAGACUGGCAGCCAGCGGGUCCCUUAAUUGUUCAUCCCACACCCCACAUGCCCCCCUCCCCAUUGUCCUAAUAGCUGUAACUCAAAGGGCGGAAUAUCAAGGUCUUUUUUUUAUUCCUCAUGCCCACUUAAUAUCUCUUGCUUUUUUUUUUUCUGGCCAGAAUAGACGGGUCAAGUCUUUAAUCUCUUCACCUCCCUAUAGCCCCUUUCCCCCAUCACUGACGCUUCCUUGUGUACUAGUGGGGAGGAAGGGCUGGGGAACAUCAUAACCACUGCUUCCAUUUAAUCAGGUGUGUUUGUCCAGUAGGUAUAGCUCCGGACAGGUGGCAUAGUGUUUGUCAAGGGAGGGGAGGACUUACUUCUUCAAGGUAGCUGGCUUAUUCUGAAGUUAGGUUAGGGCUUCCCCUUUUGCGGGGAAGUUGCAGUUCUUACAAGGAUAGCAGUCACCUUAUCAAGAGUGAGGACUAGGAGAGGAGGGGGAGAAUAUGUUCUUACUCUCCGCCUCGAGAAGGGACAAGUUCUGCUCAGAGAAAAGCAAACAGCAGGCCCACCUCUGAAGAAAAGAAAUUCCUAAGGGCCUGGUCCUCCCUUUUUAUAACACAAAGCAGAGUAGUAUUUUUAUAUUUAAAUGUGAAAACAAAAAAAAGAAUUCUAUAUAUGAGUAUGUG